GCUCCAGAAGCUUUCCCCCCUUUCCACCGCAAAAGCAUUCAACGCCAGAAGAAAGAAGAAGAUCAAUCGGGAUUCCGAAACGAUGUCGUGGCAGCAGUACGUCGACGACCACCUGAUGUGCGAUAUCGACGGCAACCGCCUCACCGCCGCCGCUAUCCUUGGCCAAGACGGCAGCGUUUGGGCUCAGAGCGCCACUUUCCCUGCUUUUAAGCCUGAGGAGAUUGCCGCAAUUCUGAAAGAUUUCGAUCAACCCGGAACACUUGCCCCAACUGGAUUAUUCCUUGGUGGGACGAAGUAUAUGGUGAUCCAGGGUGAAGCCGGCGCUGUCAUUCGAGGAAAGAAGGGUUCGGGUGGAAUUACUAUCAAGAAGACCAGCCAGGCCCUGUUAAUCGGUAUAUAUGAUGAGCCUGUGACUCCUGGGCAGUGCAACAUAGUUGUUGAGAGGCUGGGCGAUUACCUGAUCGAGCAGGGUCUCUAAUUGCUUCGUUACUAUUUAAUUUGAAGUCAUGGUGAAUUUGGUUUGAAAACAAAGUUGUUGCUGCUUGGGAUGUGAUGGAUAUUAUGUGUAAAAGCCGUUUGUCUUUGCAUUCCGGGAUCUCUGGAUAUGGAUUGUCGUUGUGAAUGAUAGUGUCUUAAUUUUACAAUUAUCAUCCCUAAAAUUUAUUUUGUUCCUUUCACUGGAAAACGCAUGUAAUUGCUGUCGUUAUCUCCGGAAUGCCUUGCGUAUUUGUACUAAGUAGUUUGGUUUAUCAGAACAUGAGUUGGGCGAAAGACGGGGAACAUUAUUUGCUUUGCCUUUUCA